AUGGCUUUAAGCAGAAGAGACAGCUUCCUCUGGGGGAAAGCUCCUCCAAAACUGCCCCUGGCUGAGAGGAGGCAGGGUGACAGCUUCAAGACUCAUAAAUCUGAGCUGCUGGAUGACAUUCAGAAGCUGAGGCUGGAGAUCAACCCCGUCAAACCCGAGACGCACAACCUCCAACCAAAGCAGCACAAUAAAAGUGUUUUGAGGAACAGGAGGUUCCUACGUGGUAAAAAGAAAUUUAACAUGGACCCAAAAGUGGGAAUUAAAUACCUGCUUGAAAACAGUUUUCUCGAAUGGCGAGCAGAGUCGGUGGCUGAGUUUCUUUACAAGGAGGAGGGACUGAACAAGACGGCCAUCGGAAGCUUUUUAGGAGAAAGAGAAGAAAUGCAUCUGCAGGUACUGAAAGCCUUCGUGGGUCUGCACGAGUUCUCCGAUCUGAAUCUGGUUCAGGCACUGAGGCAGUUUCUGUGGAGCUUUCGCCUCCCAGGAGAGGCGCAGAAGAUUGACAGGAUGAUGGAGGCUUUUGCAGCUCGAUACUGUGACUGCAACCCAGGGGUCUUCCAAUCCACAGACACCUGCUACAUCCUGUCUUUUGCCAUCAUCAUGCUCAACACAAGCCUGCACAACCCCAACGUGAAAGACAAGCCGAGUCUGCAGCGGUUCGUUUCCAUGAACAGGGGCAUUAACCACGGCGAGGACCUGCCCACCGAGCUGCUCACGAAACUUUAUGCCAGCAUUCGAAGUGAGCCUUUCAAAAUCCCAGAAGAUGAUGGGAAUGACCUCACGCUGACGUUUUUUAAUCCCGACAGAGAGGGUUGGCUCCUAAAAAUGGGCGGUCGGGUUAAAACAUGGAAGAGGAGAUGGUUCAUUUUGACAGACAGCUGCCUGUACUAUUUUAAAUACACCACAGAUAAAGACCCAAUCGGGAUCAUCCCUCUGGAGAACCUUUGUGUCAGACAGCUGCAGGACUCCAUGAAAACGUUCUGCUUGGAGUUAUAUAACCCCAAAGGACAAAAGAUCAAGGCCUGCAAGACGGAGAACAAAGGCAGAGUGGUUCAGGGCAAACACCAGUCCUACAGGCUCAGCGCCGCCAGCGCAGAAGAACGAGACGACUGGAUAGAAGCAAUCAGGACGAGCAUCACCAAGGACCCGUUUUAUGACCUGGUGUCGAUGCGGAAGAGGAAGGUCAUCGGCAAUGCUUCCUCCUAG